UAUAAAAAAUUUUCGCAAAAAAUGAUAAUAGUACUAUUAUCUUUGCAAGCCAGAAAAAAGCAUAAUAUAGUAUUUACUAUUUUAUUCUGCGCUCAUGAGUCAUGAUGAAAUGAAAAUAAAAUUACUGAGGGGUUUUUAAUAUCUAUAUAUAUAUAUGGGGGAGAUGUUGUGUACGGAUGCACCGGGUGCAGGAAACGAUUUCAAGCUGGUAGUGGUAGUGGCCGGGGCCCACUUUUGGAAAUAAAAGGCGCGUGUCGUUUGGACCAACCAGUAAGGGAUAUGUAUUGUGUAUAUAAUAAUAAUAAUAAUAAUAAUAAUAAUAAAUUUUUAAGAAAAAAGAAAAAGAAAAAGAAAAGAGCUACCCCAAAUCCCUAAUCUAAGCACUCGAGCACUUCCCCUUCUCCAUUAUUAUUUUAUUAUUAUUUAUUAUAAAUUAUAAAUACAAAAUCAAAAAGAAAGAGAAGAGGGGGGUUGUCGCUGUGGUGCGAUUGUUGAGCGAGCGACUCUCGUCUCGUAGCGCGUCAAAAUCCAAUAAACCCCCAAAUCCAAAUCCCCCGAAUCCCCCGAAUCCCUAAAUCCCCACCAAAUGUGCCCGCUUAGGGUUCUGUUGAUCUUCAUCUCCGCCACCCUCGCCGGGUUCUUCGUGCUCCGGGGCCUCAAAUCCGAGCCCGAGCUCGGCGCCGACGACGACGCCGACUCCCGCGAAGACCCGCGCCCCCUCUCCACCAAGGUUGGAUCGGCGAUCUCCGCGUGCUUUUGGACGUUGGUGGACAUGGCGAGCGGGAGGUACCUGUGGAGGGCGGUGACCUCACCUGCGGUGGUCGCCGGAUCCGAGAAGAAGCGAUCGUGAGGUUCUCUCUCUCUCUCUCCUCCGCUUCGUUUUUCCCUUUUUCUAUUUGUCCUUGUUGCUAAAUCUCUCCUCCUUCGUCUUCUUCUUCUUUGUAACACGCAAAAUUUGAGAAUGCUAAAAAGAAAAAUGGGGUAUUGUUGUGCUCUCCUCCAUGUUCAUGUUUCGCUUAUACGCUGUAUAAUUUGUGUGCUUUGUAAUUUGUAAUUCGAGAUAUGAAUUGUUGAAGAAUAUGCCUUUUCUCUUCGUUACGUUAUCCACCCUCUUUCUUUUUC